UGAUUCGGGCCCAGCCCUUCACACCAUCCCCACUCGAAUAUCUUCCUCCCUCCCCUGCCUGCCUCCUCUUCCCGCGCCCUCCCCCCCCCUUUUUGCUGGCCCGUCUGCACUGCUCUGCGCCCUAUCAGCCGGCCGCAGAGAGAAAGAACACCUCCCCCCCUUCCCCCCACCCACCUUCCCUCCUUGAGCCAUGGCUCAGCGCUCCUGGCUCUCGCGAACGCUGGGCGUUGUGCGAACGUGCUUCUUCUAUGUCGGCAUCGGCUCCCUCUCGCUGGUAGCCUUCCCCCUGUGCACUGGGACACGCUUGCUCUUCGGUCACCGGUGGGCCAAGCGCCUACAUGAGAUCAUUCUCGGCUAUGGGUCACUCAUGUGGAUGGGCUCCAUCGGCCUCUGGAGCGGGCGCCUGGUUGAGACCCCGGCCGUGGAGCUCCUUCGGCAGGAGGGCUGGCGCAGGAGCUUUGUCGUUGCCCCGAACCAUGCCAGCUUCAUCGAUCACUGCCUGGUGUCGUACCUGCCGAUCCCGAAGAAGUACCUGACCAAGCAGUCGUACUUCUCGCUGCCCGUGUUCGGCUGGUCGCAGUGGAUUGUCGGGGACAUCGGUGUUGAUGUGGCGUCGCGCGAGUCGCGUGCCCUGUCGCUGCAGGCUUGCGAUGCGAUGCUCAAGUCCUCCAGUGCUCCCUCCUCGGUGGUCAUCUAUCCGGAGGGGACCCGCUCGCCGGAUGCCCCGGCCCUGCGGCCUUUCCGCGACGGGGCCUUCCGCCUGGCCUUGUCCAGUGGCUCGCCGGUGCUCCCGUGUGUGUUGGUCAACACCUACCGGGCCAUGCCGCAUGGCAUGCGUGCCGGCUACGCGGAGAUGCUCAUCAUCACGGGCCAGCCGCUGCGCGUCGAGUCCGAGGAGGACAUCCCUCGCGUGCGAGAGCUCGUGCGCGAUUGGAUGGCCUUCAUUUUGGAGCUGUAUGAGAACGCUCCGGAUGGGGAUAUCGAAGCUGUGACGGCGCAAAUUGAGCGUUGCGCUGGCGUGCCGCUGCCGCCGUACCAUGCGGCGGUUGGCACUCCGGCCGAAACCGGCGAUCUCCCGAUGCAUCUGGUUGAUCUGGAGGUCUUCGGUGCCUGGAGGCAGGCCCUUGUCACGGAGGCCGUGUCCAAGGUCCUUGAAGAGGUCGAGCCGGAGCCCGCCCUGGUCGAGGCCGAGUCGGAGCCCGCCUCGGCCGAGGCUGAGCCGGAGUCUGCCAUGGCCGAGGCCGAAGCCAGUGUUGGUGCCACGCUGUCCAAGACGGUGGUCGAGACCGGCAUCGAGACUGUGGCUGAGUAGCCUCUUGGCAUGCUUCCUUCCCCAUUCAUUAUCCCCCUCUUCCUUCUUCGCCCUUUUUCCUUCCCCUUACACCUUUUGUUUGCGAACAAUUGAUGGGUACUCUUGCUUGCUUGCUUGCGCGCGCGCGUUCACGAGAGCCCCUCCCAGCAAAUGAUGAUAAUAAUACACACUUAUAGACACCGCACUUGUCCUGAUCCCUGGCGCCCGAGGCACGCGCGCACACCCGCACGCCCGCAAGCAACGGGUUCACGGAUGUGCGGAACACAUUUCCGGUGUCAAGGGCUCAGCGACACACAUGCC